GAACCAGAGAGAGGGCACGAACAUAACAUGGAAGGGAUAAUCCAGUCUCCAGAAUACACUAUGAAGGUACAGACGGUAGGUGCAUACCAAGGAGAGAUAAACCAGACGGAAGGGGCCACCUUGGCCAAUCCCAACGCCCUAGACAACGUUCGUUGCAUGCCAGAGCAUAGAACGAAAGGGAUAGCUGAAGAGUAGGUAAAAAGGUCGGAGGGCGAGCGCGGAACAAUAAUUUGUACAGGCUAACCCUCGAUACCGGAACGCUUCUCUGUUUUACGUACUCUGGAAAUUUUCGCGAUGAAUCGUCAGUCUGUAAGAAACGAGUUCGGAGACUCGCAUCAGGUAACGGUAGAUCCACGAGGAUUCCCCGGUAAAAUCCUGACCUCCAGGGAGGCCGAGGAGUUCGACGACGCGCUUAACCAAUGCGCAAUAAAUUACAUCGAGGCGCGUAGGAAUAAAUCCUUAUCGUACGCGCAACCAGGUUUUCUCUCGUUUUCCCGAGAGAACGGCGGCGUCCCGAAACAAGAGUGAAACGGCUAAGAGUAACGAUCAAGUUCGUGAAGUUAGCCGGUGAAUGUGAGCUCCGCGUAGACGAGAUAGAAGCUCUCGACAACCGAUUUAUAGCCGAGGAUAGAGCAACGCAUUCCCGGUCUAACGGGAGAGACUUCGUUCGCGAACUCGGGAGAUACAACGCAGACCUGGAGGUAAUGCGAUCGAGGGCCGUGAGGGAAAAGCACACAAGGGCCGGAUUGGUAAUAAUGAUCGAAAUGAAGGGCCGAUCGGCCGGGACCACUCGUAAGAGACGGAAUCGUUAAUCAUUGGUCAUUAGACCAAGCGGGCGUUCACAGGUUCAAUAUAUUAACGGACAGCCAGGGAGAAUACGGAGGUUGACGCCACGAAGGACGAUUUCGCGCCGGCAGUGGAAAACAAGGCACAGCCCGACGACGCGGAGAGGUUGAACGCUUCAGUCACGACCCUUGACGAUUUCUCACACAUCGAAGAGAUUCCGUCACCGAAGGACGAGAUCACGACCCCCGAUGCAGAAGGGAGACGAACACAUUCUGUCAGCGGAUUUGCACGGCUUUGAGGACAUAGAAGUCGAGGUGCAGAACGAGGAGUUUCCCGGUAACGGACGGUGAGUGGAAAACCACGGAGACAACAGCAACAAAGACGACAAUGGAAACAGUAACAGCAAUAAGGCUUCGUCGGCCUCGACGUCGACGCCGAAGGUGGUACAUUCGAAAACGGAAGAUGGCUUCUAGCACAAGAACGAAGAAUAGAACGAUAAAGUUCGCUCGAAGACACGUGGAAACAGAGGACGACCCAGGCACCGCCAGUACUGACAAAGACUCCUCCGACGCCUCGUCCAAGUUGACGAUCUCGCUCCUGCUACAGGAGGAGAUUGUAAAAGCCGCAGGGAAACCGCCAACGGUGAAGUCAGCCGCCAGGAGAAAGAGCAACAAGGGAACACAUGGUAAACCACGGAGCGACAGACACCCGAUAGUCCGAUUUAUAACGAUUCCGGACGGGCUAUCGCUCACCUUUGACGUAAAGGAUACCGCUUAAUCCGAAUAGAACGGAGACGAGACAUUCACACACGAGUAAAAGGUCGAACUAGAGUCGACAUAUAUAUAAACACAUAAGUAUGUACAUUCCCAACGCGAUUC